UCUCUUCUCUCUGUCAACGAAUCAAAAACAAACAUAUAUUUCCACAUUUUCUCUCUCAAUACCAACAAUAUUAUGGCAGGAACUCAAUCAUCGAACAGAGCCACCACCACAAAGAUCAGAAGGUUCAUAGGGGUGAGGCAAAGGCCUUCAGGAAGGUGGGUGGCUGAGAUCAAAGACUCAUCUCAACACGUGAGGCUAUGGCUUGGAACCUACGACACGCCAGAGGAAGCGGCUCGGGCUUAUGACGAGGCGGCUCGAACCCUACGCGGCGAAAACGCCCGAACCAACUUCGCGUCGCUGCCGAUGAGCCACUCAGCCACAGGCGAUGAGUCUGGGUCCGAACCCAAGCAUGGGCUAAGUUUUGCUUCGUUGAAAGCUAAGCUGAUGAGCAAGAAUCUUCAGAGUAUAAUGAACAGAUCAGGAAGUGAUCAAACGACGUCGUCCAAGAGUAGGGUGAGUGACCAUAUGACCUUCGCUAGCCUAUUUUAUCCCAGGAGGAGUUUCCUACCGUACCAGAUCUCUUCAUCACCUGAUGCAAUGAAGAACAUGGAGAUUAUGGUGCAGCCUAGUAUUAUAGUGCCUCCUGCUGAAACUGAUAAUUAUAACAAUCAAGAGCCGUGUGGUUCUUGGGAAAAUUCCUGUGUUUCUGAUCAUUGUAGCUCUGAUCACCGGUGGGUAGGGUUGCAGAAACCUAUGACGGAAUCCGCCAUGUCCGACGGGUCGGCUGCUGGGGAGGAGGCUAUAAUGGAGCAAGUGGUGAUCGGGUGGAUCAAUAAUAGCAGCCCGGAGGAGGAAUCAAGGAGUAAGAGGCUUAAGGUGUCUUCCUCAGUAUUUGUGCCUCCAACUUUUAGUGGAUCUCCAUGUAGUAGUAGUUGUGGCUCUCCCUAUUAUGGUUAUGCUUCUCCAUACAUAUGAAAGAAUUUAGGUCGAUUCUUAAUCCAUAUAUCCAUCUAUAAUAAAAUAUAUAGAAAGUUUUCUGCCAAUAAA